AUGCCUUCACUCGAAACUACAGACUUGAUCGUUGACGAGUUCGAUGCCUCCUCGGUUACGAAGGACGAGGUGGUUCAGUCUCUAAUCCGUAACGGUGGAUGCAUCAUUCGCGGUGUGCUCAGCAAGGAGGACGUUGCUUCUAUCGAGAAACAGGUGCGUCCGUACAUUGAAGCGGACAGGGCCUGGGAUGGUGGCUUCUUUCCCCCUGAAACCCGGCGCGUUAUGGGCUUAGCCGGAAAGGCUCCUCAGUUCAUCGAACUAAUUCCCGGGAACCCUCUCUAUCGUAGCGUCUGUGACGAGUUUCUCACCUCACGUUUCGAGUGCUGGUUCGGAAGCCAGAAGGAAGUCUCCGUCUCUGAGCCUCAACUCAACAACACGAUCGUCUUCUCCAUCAACCCGGGCGCUCGGGCUCAGGAGCUUCACCGCGACGACAUGAUCCACCACAACUUCCAGCCUGCCAUCACAUCGGACCAGUAUAAGAUGGGUCGAGACACGGGAAUCGGUUUCUUUGUUGCAGGAAAGCGCACCACCAAAGAGAACGGGGCCACGCGGUUCGUUCCUCGUUCACAUCUGCAGGCCACAGACACGCCGCCUAACGAGGCCGAUGCCGUGUACGCGGAACUCGAACCUGGAGACGGGUUUAUUAUGCUAAGCUCCUGCUACCAUGGGGGCUCGGCUAACAUGACGGAGAACGAAGAGCGCUUGGUCUACAGCUGCUUUAUGACGAAAGGCUUUCUCCGACAGGAGGAAAAUCAGUACCUCGCGAAUCCUAUUGAGAAGAUGAAGAAGUAUCCAGCCGAUCUCCAGAAGAUGAUGGGCUUCAGUAUCAGCAAGCCGUUUCUGGGCUGGGUGGACUUACAAGAUCCGAGAAAGCAGCUUCUGGAUGAUCAUGAAACUCUCGAAGGACAGGAUCUGUUUUAA